AUGGUCUCCACUAACACUGACCACAGGGAGAUGGCCACAGCUGCUGAGCAGUGGGAUCAAGAAGCAGGAGAACCUCAGCUCUCAGACUGGUUUAAUCCUAAAAAACGUCCUGAUGUAAUAACAACAACUGACUGGCUUGCUCCAGUCAUAUGGGAAGGAACUUACAAUAGACAGGUGCUGGAAAAAUAUUACAAAAGGCUGAACAUUACCAUGGGCUUGGCUGUAAUAUGUGCUCCCAGAAAGUUUUCAGCUCGGAACUUGCAAGAGUUCAUCCAAUCUGCUAAUAAGUACUUUAUGGUUGGCUACAAUGUUAUCUUUUACAUCUUGCUGGAUAGCUUCUCCAAGCUGCCUCCCAUAGUGUUAGGUCCCCUUCGAACAUUUAAAGUAUUUUUGGUGAUCAAAGAUAAUAUAUGGGAAGACUUACAUUUCAUAUACAUGAAGAACUUACUUGACUACAUCAUAACACACAUCCAGCAUGAAGUCAACUUUCUCUUCAUUAUGACUGCAAACCAGAUCUUCAAGGAUGACUUUGGAGUGGAAACCCUGGGAAAAUCUGUAGCUCAACUUAGUGCAUGGUGGUAUUUUAAAAAUGGUAAAACUUUCCCUUAUGAGAGAAGAUGUAAAUCAGCAGCUUUCAUCCCUUUUGAAGAGGAAGAUUUCUAUUACCAUAGUGCAAUUUUUGGUGGUACAGUCCAGGAGGUUUUAAACCUCCUUAAAGUAUAUGAGAAAGGAGCUAAUCAAGACACCGAAAAUAGACUUACCAGCACAUAUGAACACCACCUAAACAAAUAUAUUUUUAUUAAGAAACCCACUAAAUUAUUAUCACCAGAAUACCAUUGGGAUCCAAGUUUUAGAACUCCUCCACAAAUUAAAUCUGUUAAGAUACCAUGGCAGUCAAAAAGUGUUUGA